AUGUCUUGGCACCGGUUUCCUCUGGAAAUCAAGUAUGAGAUACUCCAAAAACUGAUAGAAGAUGGUGGCAAGUUGGCCAAAUUUGCUACAGUAUCGCGUGAAUGGCAAGAGAAGAUCCAGCAACACACCUUUGCGCGAAUCAGGUUGACGCCUUCACGUCUCGUCGACUUUGAUGCAAUGACAUCUCGCAACCGAUCUCUGGUACGCUACUUGUGGCUCUGCCUCGAACUGGACAAAUACUGUUGCCUUGAUUGCGCACAACGAUGCACGUUUGAUACGGAUGAUGAUGAAAAUGCAACCAUCAUGACAACACUGCAGAAGCUUUUCUCAGUCCUCAACCACUGGGGAUCGCAUAGCAACUUAACACUUGACAUCUCGGUCUAUUCGCCUAGCGACUCGGAGCAUUGGUUCCCACAUCUUACCUUUGAGCCUGAUAUUCCAUGGAGCACGGGAGGUCAUAACCAAGUAGUUGAGCAAGCGGGCCGGGCCAUAGCGGCCGAUAAUCAACAUGGCUCUAACAACGUGACUGGGGCCGCCAUUAACAGAGUCUUCGGCGAGAUUAUGAAUCCGGAUCAUGUUAUUUUUCUUCCAUUCGCCAAUGACGAGCAAGAGGAUGAAUGGUGGCAGCGACUGCCCUUGGUCCCAGCGGUUACCAGCGUGUUAUUACGUCAACAAAGUCGACGGCGUUGGAAGCCUCGGGCGCUUGCUCAGAUGCUCUCUCGGUUGCCAAUGCUUCGAGAGCUCCAUUAUGAGCCAUGGAGGGAAUGGUGUAAUGAAGUACAGGAUUCUAGAGACGAAUGGUCAUUCAUGGUGGACGCUUGCGACUUCUUCAACGCUCAUGAUCAAUCUUCGCAGGAGUGGCCCAACCUGACGCUGUUGGUUCUCACUUCGCAACUGUUGACGCCUCAACAGAGCCCCACAGACAUCAUGGAUAUGCUUCAACGAGCAGGAUUGGCGGCUACUCGUAUGCCAAAGCUCAGGACUAUGGAAAUAUGGAACGGUCGAGAUAAACUCGCAGCUCUUUUCAGAUAUGAGCUGCUUCAAGAACAACGAUGUGCUGUUAUCACAUGGAAAGGUACUUGGGACCUCAUCUUGCAGCCUUCAGUCGUCGAGACCUGGGGAGCUGUCACUACUAGGCGUGGAGGCUUUAGGCUUGAUGUUGUAUACGAAAUGCUUGACAGCGAUACUAUUCGGUCUCACGGCGACGCAAUGGUUGAAUUGAAGGUUUCAGAGCGAGUAGUCCGGCCCAUUUCAUUGGAGCAGAUACGGAUAGAUUGCGAUGCUCCUUGGAGGCGAACCCGACCAUACCUCGAGAAUGGGCUUUGGAUGAACUUCAACUGA